GCUGUCUGUAGCAUCGGUAUGCCUACCGACUCCAAGGAUCAUCGAGCAAUGGCUCGGCGAUAUCAACUCUAGGGGCCCCUUCUCACCCGUCUUCGUAAUAAUACAAAAUGGCUUGCGCCUUGGCAGCGAUCCACCUGUUCCCGAAACAAUCCGAGCCAGAAGUCUUCCCUCGGCGGCCAUACAUGCAGGGCGCUCAGCCCAUUACACGCACUGGCUGCUUGAGACCAGUCGACCGCAGAGCGCGCGUACUAUGCGUUACAGGUGCUGCACUCCGUACAGCGACCGAACCGGCGAUGUCCGCCAGGCCUCGUCACCGCCGGCGAAUCGAUAUCAACCGCGGCUCUUGAAGGUAUUCCCUCGUCCAAAUGUGCCAUCUGAGCGUGAACAAAGCAAAGCUGGACGGAGCUGAUGUCUCCGUGGCUGCGUUGGCACAUAGCGAAGGCAGAUCAGGGAUCAACAUGGUCAUUGCAAUUGGCACUU